CGCGCACGUUUCCAGGCAAGAUCGUUUCGUAAUAAAAUGGCCGUUCAAUAUUUCUCGAUUUUAGCGCUAAUCUCCGCGAUCGCCUUUCCUAUAGCCUACGUAUGGAUCAAAGGAGCAGAAUACAUCAUUAUACAACAACGUUGGAUAUUCGUUUGUUUAUUUUUGCUCCCUCUUUCUGUGGUUUACGAGGUAGUUAUGCACAUGAGAAACUGGUUGGCCUUCAAACUCUAUAGCAGCCCUCAACGACACCAACAGCGGGUCAAAAAAGUCCAAGAACAGGUCAAAAGAUGGAAGGAAGAAGGCCAGCAGAGGCCUAUGUGCACUGCUAGACCAGGUUGGAUGACAGUAAGCUUACGAGUCGGGAAGUACAAAGCCACACACGAGAGGAUAGAUAUCAAUUUAAUGGAUGUUCUUGAAGUUGAUACCAAAAGUAGGGUCGUAAGGGUGGAGCCUUUGGUGACGAUGGGCCAGUUGAGUUCCACUUUGCUUCCUCUUGGAUGGACGAUUUCUGUUUUACCAGAAUUAGAUGAUCUUACUGUAGAUCAAUGCCAUCGGAUAUUUCUGGAAGCCUUGGUUYUUCAAACAUGUGGAAAAGUAUUUAAAGGCGAAAGAAACAAAAGUGGAGUAUAUCCCUCUACGGCACUACUACCAUCGUCAUACGAGAAGUUUGUUCUGGGAGCUCCAGGACAUAAUACCAUUUGGUAACCAUGUUGUUUGGAGAUGUCUACUGGGAUGGACCAUGCCGCCAAAGAUAUCCCUUCUCAAGCUGACCCAAGGGGAGAUACUACGCCGACUGUAUGAGCAGCAUCAUGUGGUACAGGACAUGUUGGUUCCCAUAGAAACACUAGCGCAAGCACUGAGCUGUUUCCAUAAGGAGUUUGAACUCUAUCCCUUGUGGCUGUGCCCCAUGUAUCUUCCAAGCAUCCCUGGAAUGGUUCACCCCCAAGGAGCUAAAGGCCAGAUGUAUGUGGACAUUGGUGGUUAUGGAUCACCCAAGGUCAAGGACUUCAAUGCCACUAGGUGUUUGAGGAAUGUGGAAGCUUUUGUGAGAGAAGUUCAUGGGUUCCAGAUGUUGUAUGCCGAUUCAUACAUGACGAGAGAGGAGUUUCGUCAAAUGUUUGACCACACCCUCUACGACAAGCUGAGGAAAGAGUUGGACUGUCAUAAGGCGUUUCCUGAAGUGUAUGACAAAGUGUCCAGGAGUGCAAGGAUAUAGAAAGCGACUCGAUCUCUACAUUCAUCUCGAUAUUUCAAUUUUUUUUUGGUAUCUCUACUUUGUCAUAGUGCUUUGCACCUUGGGGGUAACCAAUCAAAAAACUGUCCCGAAUUGAAACGUUCUUCUAUUGAAUAUAUAAUAUACCUGCUUUGUUUUUUGGUUUUCUCCUGUGCUUCGAUGGUUUUCUGGGUUCCCCGGCUUUCCUCCCUCCGCAAAAAUCCAAUUGGAAUUACAGUGGAUGAAUAGCUACUCUGUAGGAAUGCCACUGCUAAAUCCCAUUUAUUGUUUUUAUUUUUUAUUAUUUACUAUUCCCAGUUAAUUUUGCGUGUACGGAACAAGAGGUUUGGUGUAGUUGCAGAAAAUGUAUUGGCUUAUGAAUUGUUUUUUAACAUUUACUUUAAACUUCUUCAAAGCUUCUUUUUUCCUGUYUUUUACUACUUCAUUUUAUAUUUGGAUAUCAAGCAAGGUAUUUUCAACAUUGUCUGAUCAGCCAUCAGCAAAAGAAGUGUGUUUUCCCCCAAAGCCGCAAAGUAUUAUUGGUAUGGGAAAGUAGAGAAUAGUCAAUGUGCACAAGCAGGAAUCUCUAGCACAAAGCGUGAUAGAAAACCAAUUACUAUACACAUCAGGACAUGGAGAAUUAUCAGAAAAAAGUUACUCUGUUAUUUUCGUCUGUUGAAAUACUUACAGUUUUACAGAAAAUGUUGAAGGAAAAAUUGUCAGAGGGAUUUUUAGAUGAGCGGAAAAAGCACAAGUACUCAGUUUACCAUCAUGCUUGGUUCUAGAGAUUAGUGCUCAUGCACAUUAGGGACUUUGAGACUUGCAAAAUCUACUAUGGCAAUGGCAACCGGAAGUGUAAAUAAUUCCUCUUUGGAGUCCUGUUCAUUGGAGAUUUCAUUCAAAACAUUGUCAGUAAAGUCAACUCAUCCACAGGGAAGACAGACUUUGAAGGCGCGAAUCCCCAAAGUGAAGUUAUUUACACUUCCGGUAGAAGUCGCUGUCAUAGAUUUUGCAAAUCUUAAAGUCCCUAUUGGCUAUUGGGCUACUUUUUAACUAACCACAGGCAUCCCAGAAUUCCUGGUUAACACUUUCAUUAAAUAAAGGCAAAUAAAGGCAACAUUGAUUCCAAUCAAUGGAUCACACCACAAA